CAGGGAAGCAGGAAGUGUUGAGCACUCCCAUCAUACACACACAGCAGAAAAUGGCCACAUUUGAGGAGGUAUCUCAAAAGUCCAAGUUGCACCCGAAGCCAGAAGGUCUGACACUGCAGUAUGGCACUGCGGGAUUCCGCACUCAUGCCAAACACCUGGACCACAUCAUGUUCCGCAUGGGGCUGCUGGCCACUUUGAGGUCCAAAAAGACAAAGUCCACCAUUGGAGUCAUGGUCACUGCCUCCCAUAACCCAGAAGAAGAUAAUGGGGUGAAGCUUAUUGACCCAAUGGGGGAAAUGGUCACAGUGGCAUGGGAAGACUAUGCCACACAGCUUGCCAACGCUGAGCAGGAUUCACUUCUCAAGGUGCUGAAAGACAUUAUUGAGAAAGAGGCCAUCAGCAUGAGUGAACCAGCCAGUGUCUACAUUGGCAGAGACACCAGGCCAAGCAGUGGCAGCCUUUCACAGGCCGUGUUGGAUGGUGUUUCCAGUUUGGGAGGCAAAAGUCAUGACUAUGGUCUGGUCACCACUCCCCAGUUGCAUUAUAUGGUGUGCUGUUGCAACACACAUGGCUCCUAUGGCAGUGCUACGAUAGAGGGCUACUACCAGAAACUCUCUCAGGCAUUUCUUCAGCUCACCCAGAAUGUCUCAAACCGCACUGACGAUCAGAAGAGGCUGGUGGUGGAUGGAGCCAAUGGGAUUGGAGCUUUGAAGAUGAGAGAAAUGGAGCUGUUUCUUCGCUCUGAACUGCAGGUGGUGCUUUCAAAUGAUGGCAGUUUUGGGAAACUCAACCAUCUGUGUGGAGCUGAUUAUGUCAAAGUCCAACAGAAACCUCCCGAAGGUUUAAGUGUGGGAGCAAGGGAGCGCUGCUGUUCAUUUGAUGGUGACGCCGAUCGUAUCGUGUACUAUUACACCGACUCUGAAGGACGAUUCCAUCUCCUGGACGGAGACAAGAUUGCCACCCUCAUUAGCACGUACCUCAAAGAGCUGCUCACAGAGGCAGGGUUGAAUUUGCAGAUUGCAGUUGUUCAGACAGCAUAUGCUAAUGGGAGCUCCACUCGCUACUUGGAGGAUGUCAUGAAGGUCACUGUAUGCUGUACGAAAACAGGAGUGAAGCAUCUACAUCAUGCAGCGCAGGAGUAUGACAUUGGAGUUUAUUUUGAGGCCAACGGUCAUGGAACUGUUCUGUUCAGCAGAGCAGCACAGAAACAGAUUCAGGAGCUGGUGAAAGACCCAAACACAAACGACGUGAAGAAACGAGCGGCAAAACUCCUGGAUAACACGGUUAACCUAAUCAACCAGACUGUAGGAGAUGCCAUCUCGGAUAUGUUGGUGAUUGAAGCAGUGUUGGCCAUCAGAGGGAUGUCUGUACAAGACUGGGAUGCAAUAUACACUGACCUACCCAAUCGCCAACUCAAAGUCAAGGUGUCAGACCGGCGUGUAAUAGAUACAAAAGAUGCAGAGAGGAAGGCUGUGACUCCAGAGGGUCUGCAGGAGGCCAUCGACUCGCUCGUGAAGAAAUACAAACAGGCACGGGCCUUUGUUAGACCCUCGGGCACAGAGGAUGUGGUUAGGGUCUAUGCAGAAGCAGACACACAGGAAGCUGCUGAUAAUCUGGCUCAUGAAGUCAGUCUGGCUGUGUAUUGCCUUGCAGGAGGGGUCGGAGAUGAGCCUAAACCAUUACACUAAUUAUACACACAUAAGCACACACACACAAUACAUGUAUGCAGUACCUAUCAAUCCAGUGACAUUUCUGCUAUCAAUAUCACCAAUACUGUAAAUUUAAGUAAAUCACUGUGUGGCGCAAACAAAUGUUUGUGAGGUGACUUAUGUUUCAUGGUUUACAUUUUGAGCUGUAUGAAUGAUCAACCAUCUUUAUGAAGAGAAUUGGAUGACUAUAUAUGAACAUUUUUAAACCAUGUCGAUCUAAUCUUAACAUUUGUUUAUACUCAUUUCAUGAGAGUACAACCCAUUAACUUUAUAAUUUCAGUAUGAGAUCCAAAACAUAUAGCUGACAUUAAAACUGUGUGCAAUCAACCUUGGGCAGCUUUCUGCAAUUAAAGUCUUAACUACAAAAUAAAAUACAAAUUAGGUGAACUAGACCGAAUCUACUUUAAGCUGACUGCACUGUAUGUAGUAAAGAAUGAAGAUAACGUUUGAGAUUUUAUACUGUGAUUUUGUAUUAUUUUUUUUUGUUUAGUUUUUGCUAUAAAUUUAUUGCAGGUUUUUUUUAAUAGAAAGUUAAUUGAAAUAAAUGAUAUAUUA